CCUAAUGACAUGAAGUCUUUGACUCGAAAUUAUUUAACCACUUAAAAAACUGUUUCUAUUGUGUCUGCUUAUGAAACAUAAUUCUUUCUAAGCUGAUUGACAAAUAGCUCAAAAACUCGAAUGAUGCGUUUUUACCGUAACGGGAAAACCGUUUAAUUUGCUUCGGCAGCUUCCUGUUGGAAGAUUCGACACGCGUCAGUGUGAGUGUCGCUUGGCAAUAGCACGUUCACAGCACGAUAUGCUAGGAUAUUUGAUACUAAUCAUUACUGCAUUCACCGCAAGACAAACGAAAGCCCAAUUAUCAGAGGUAUGCCUCUCACUUCAAUCCCGACACCUUGAUUCUUUCUUCGAUUUCAUUCGGCCCAGAACGCAAUAUUGGCAGCACAAGUGAAUCUAGACUUGUAUUUUCGAUAUCGCAGCAGUCCAAGAAUCGCGAACACCAUGCGUAACGUCCGAAAUCCCGUAGACACAAGUGCAAUCACGCCAGCCCAGUUCGACAAAAUCAGGGUCCGACUGAGGCCUAGGGGCGACGGAAUCGCGAUCAAAGGGAGGAGGAGGGAACCCGAUGCCGGCAAACUCCCAAUGUCAAUCAACAAUGAGAUCGACAAAAGAAACCCACUGAAGAGCGGUCAGUUUCCUUGGCACGCUGGAAUCAACGCAGACGACAAGCAUUUCUGUGCGGGAGCCAUGAUUUCUAGUCGGCACAUUAUAACCGUCGCACAUUGCGUCAAUGGAUUCGUGAAUUUCACCAUAACUCUGGGUGACAUCGAUCGCAACCAAUUCGAACGCAACGUAAUUCUGAUGACCACCGACUCAAAAUUAGUGCACAACAAUUUCGAGCUCCAGACACUCGCUUUCAACGUCGCAUUGCUCAUACUUCCAAUUUCAAUCGCGACAAACGGUUUAAACAUUAAACCCGUGUCAUUGCCAAAGAGGUCAGAUUCAACUAAACCUUUUACCAAAGAAAAAGUCUACCUCACCGGAUGGGGAUUCACAAACGACGGCAACUAUGCAAACGCUCUCCUCACCAGAGCGAAUAUGACAGUAGCAGAUAUUGGAGACUGCUACAAGAAGUAUGGCGCAAUAAUUAACUUUCAACACCUGUGCACGUACUCCGAAGUAAACACCUGUUUCGCCAACGACGGUAGUCCUCUCGUGUACCGCGACUCUGACUACACGUGGAACCUGCUGGGCCUGACACAGUUCCGCAGCACCGAAAACUGUGCCUCGGGAGACCCACUCGUCUUCUUCAGGGUGACGGCGGUCCUUGCUUGGCUCUCAGACAAAACCAGUCUCGCCAUCAGAAACUAAGCGUUGGGAUUGGAAUUUUACGAUAUAUGUGAAAGGUCUAGCAUUAAAUUUAACAAGUAAAAACUGAACAACCAUCUCUCUCUCUCUCUCUCUCUCUCUCUCUCUCUCUCUCUCUCUCUCUCUCUCUCUCUCUCUCUCUCUCUCUCUCUCGAGAAGGUGCAACUUCUAAAAUGUAACUGUAUGUAUAUGCAUUUAAUAAAAGAUCCCAUCCAACUAUAAAUUU